UCUACAGUGUUACUUUCAAACUAAACAACUUCCUGGAAUACUUUAAUGCUGUAAUUCGUAUUUGGACAAUGUUUGUUUGCCUAGAGAGACACCACUACAACAAGGCUCCAUUGGUUUGGCUGGCUACAUGUACAUAUUGGGGCAUCCAUCAUCCUAAUCUCUUUCAUCAAUUCCGCUCACAUCUUAUCAUAUCUGACGAGUAUCCUGUGGAGAACGCCCAUAGUAUCAUUUGCUCAAUAACAAAUGCCCAUGACACAACUGAACAGCUAUGCAAAAAGGCAAAAUCCACAUUUCAAGCUAAACACACACAAAAACACUUCAAGGAACAUUUCACUCCACCUAAACAUCAUAACUUCACAACCAACCACCWCAGAAUUCUUAAAGCAAAAUGUGCUGGCAUACUAUCAAAAUKAUUUGUGGAUAUAUCAAGAAACAUUGGGGAGGGAAGAAUUAUUUUUGAGGGAAAAAAGAAGAGUGCUGUAUUGCCCAAAGUAUUUGGAAAGGAUCGGGUCAAGUGUAGGACACUGCCAUUGGGCUAUUGUGGUUUACACCAACCAGUACCAGAUCGACGUUGUGACCUGCCAAGUUGUACAGCAAGAAACAGAGAAAGUUGGGUAUUAUUUGAGGGCUGUUCUCAUUCUUACCAUGAGGACUGUCUAAGUGAUACCUACUACUGUGUCCUCUGUCAGGAAUUUCUGGCAGACAAAGCAAGAUCACUAGCUGAAACUGCUAAAGAUGCCAUAUUGAACCCCAAUGAACCCAAAGAAACUGAAACUACAAAGUCUAGUGACAAUUCAAAAAAUAGUGAAUCUGAUUCAAAUGAUAACCUUGACUCAACAGCUCCUGGAGACAUUGAUUCUAUUGAAAAUGAUAUUAAGCUAGCCAAUGCAUCAAUAUCUGCACUACCCUCUAUUCCAUGUCCACCAGACACACCUCCUGCAACAAUAAGUACUUCUGACCCAAUACCACAGCAGCAGCAAGCCUCUAACAACAGACGUAUUCCAAAGUGUUCUCAAUGUGGACACCCACAAAAAGGACACACUCGCCCUAAACAAGGACCUGUCAAAUGUCCACGAUGCAAUGGAGGAGUAUGUUCAAGACAGCCAUCACAGUCAUCUCUACCAUCGCUGUCAAUCCAGCCAUCACAUUUAUCACAGUCAACCCAGCCAUCACAGUCAACCCAGCCAUCACAGUCAGCCCAACUAUCACAGUCAGCCCAACCAUCAUAUUUGUUCCAGCCACAACAGCAACUAAUCCUACAUCCAUAUGUACACUAUGGUCAUGUAAUUGAAUGGAUUCUGCCACAACAACUAUGUCAGUCCCUGAUCUUUGGAAUUCCAAUGGGCAGUAAUGCUAGUACUAUCACCGCUGUCAUUGGGGCUAUGAAGUUUCUGUCUGGCACAGUUCCUGUCCCUUCUCCUCACAAUAUUUUAUCAACUGUGGCUGCAUUUGCCAACUCAAUGAGAGAAGGAAACAUUCUUUACAACAAUUUGAAUCUACCAGUAAACCAGCCAAACUUAAAUGUCCAGGAGGCCCUAGCAAGAAGAUAUGAUAAGUUUGGACUGACAAUGAUAGAAGAUAGUGCAGUUUUCUCUCCAGCCUGUCUCAAAGACAAACUGGUACUCAUGACAAUCUCAUCUGGCAAUAAAUCUGCUAUUAUUAUUGCACCACCAGAUAAGUCAAUGCUGUUAUGUUUUAGCAGAAGGGAACAGAAAGUUUCAUUCGGAUCAAGACUUCAGUGUCGCUCAGGCUGCAGUGGGUACGUUGGCAGCAUGGAUUUCAAAUGUACAGAUUUCAGCGUACAAGAGGAUUGGUCAGCCGGUGGAAGGAACUACACAUAUAGAUUCCCUGAUAUUCAUCCUCCACUUUACCAGGCCAGUGGUAAUGCCUGGAUCUCCCUGGUCAAUGGAGGUGGCCGGUGGGAAGUGAGAAUGUACGUUAAUCUGACGAAAAGAAACGACACUGGACUCAUUAAUACAUCACCAACUGCCGCCAUGUCACCGAUUGUCAGACUACAAUAUGGAUGCAAUCACACCAUAGUCAUACCAGGUAGGUCUAGCGUUUAG